UUCAAUUAGACGACUGAAAUUGAGAACUGAAUGAAGAUAUUUGAGGUUAGAGUCAAAGUAAAAAAAUCCACUCCACCCAUCCUAUGAACUUUAUUAAAUGUCAAGUUUCAAGUUUGACGCAAGUUUGACGUUUCUUGACUUCUUGAGUUUUGUUAUUUUUCUUUUGAUGUAUUGAAAACUAAAAUUUUACAAAAUGAUGCUAAAUCAGUAUAUGAAAGAACUAGAGCAAGAACCGUUUAGUGCAGACGAAUUUGUGGAACGUAUUGCUUGGAGAACUAUCUCAGAAACACGUAGUGAAGGAAGUGAAGAAUUCAAUCCUGGAUUAGUUCAUGAAAGUUUUGUUCAAGCUAUUAAAGAUUUAGAAAUACUAAGAGAACGUCAACAGAAAAAAUGUGAGCGUUUAGAGGCAGAGGUCCGGGAGGAGGAACAAGUAUAUUUGAAACAAGUACAAUCGUUACAAGAACGUAAUAAGAGUGCAAUUGGAACAUUUGCUGAACUGGAUGAAAAAAUCAAUAGUGUUGCAACCAAAGUCAUUCAUUUAGGGGAACAAUUGGAUAGUGUAAAUGGCCCAAGAGCACGAACCGUUGAAGCUCAACGAUUAAUGACUCACUUAUCAGCUUUUAUUGAAAGUGGCCGUUUAAAUGAUGAAUUAUGGUCUAAUAAACUUCGCUUAAAUGAAGCAGCUGAUAUAAUUCAAAAAUUAUACUUAAUUUCUCAAGAAUUACCUUCACCAAAGUUUGAAAAUGCAAAAAAGAAAAUUGCUAAAAAGUAUGAUGAAAUUGAACGAGCUUUAAUUGAAGAAUUUAGUGUUGCCCGAUCUGUUGGAAAUGUGGCACGAAUGAAAGAACUAGCUUCAAUUUUGAUGCAAUUUAAAAGUUAUUCGCAAUGUAUAGAUGCGUUUAUUGAAAAGAGUCAAUCGGAUAUGUUCACAGCAAAUUCAGAUAUUUUUACUGGUUUAAUUCCGUUAUGUUCAAGAAAUUAUAAUUUAAUGACACAAGUGUUUGCAAAUCCCGAUCAAGUAAUGUCGAAAUUUGUUUUAAAUAUAUAUCAUCUUACAUUGCAAACACAUAUUACUGAUCAAUUAUCGAAACAUAAAAACUCAUCGGAUGCAUAUUUAAGAAUUCUACAUGAGUUGUAUAUAAAAACUAACCAAUUGUCUAAGGACUUAGCGCAGUUUAAUAUGGGCUCAGAUGAAUCAUUCUUACCAAAGCUGACAAAUAAUAUCUUCCAAAAAUAUUUGGAUAACUAUCCAGGUGUCGAAUUGAGAUCGUUAAAGGAAAAAUGUAAAUCUGCAUUACAAAAAUAUUACGAUUCGAAAAAUCAUCAAAAGAAACAAAUUCAAACUGGAGGUUUUCAAGAUUUACGGCGUGAUUUACAAGCAGUCAUUGGUGCACGUGCAAAUAUUAAUAUCGCACAAAUUGAAGAUUAUGGCGGUGAAACAUUUCUUUCCGAAGAAUUAGCAAUAAAUAUUCUUCAAGAGAGUAAACAAUCUUAUCAACGUUGCCAAGUGUUAUCAAAAAAAUCAGAUAUACCGAAAAAUGCAGCAUUUAUAUUUGAUUUAGUUGUAAAUUUAUUAAUGCUUGAACAUGUGGACUAUGCGAUCGAAUUGGGUUUACAAAGCGUUCCAAUUGCAGAAAGUGGUAAAGGUUCACCACCCGAAAUUCACUUUUUUACAAUAUCACGUCAAGUUAAUGCUAUCGUUCAUCUGUUUGAAAAACAAUUUGUCGAUAGUUUAAUACCUCUUGUUGUCCCAACUCCAAAAUAUGAUGAAUGUUUAGCUAAGAAGAAACAAAUUUUAGAACAAAUAGAAACAAAACUUGAUGUAGGCUUAGAUAGAGCAUUGAACGCAAUUCUCGGAUGGGUCAAAAUAUAUUUACAAAACGAACAAAAAAAGACAGAUUUUAAACCAGAAACAGAUGAUUUUGAUACCAUUGCAUCACCAGCAUGUUUAGUGGUUGUACAACAUAUUAAUAAUAUUAUCACACAAAUUAAGAAUAGUUUAGAUGGUAAAAAUGCCACAAUGGUGUUAGAGGAAUUGGGAACACGUUUACAUCGAGUGAUUUAUGAUCAUUUAUUACAAUUUCAAUAUAAUACAGCAGGUGCUAUGUGUGCAAUAUGUGAUGUGAACGAAUAUCGAAGAUGCAGUCGACCACUUGGCCCACUUGUUGAACAGUUAUUUGAUUCGUUACAUUCACUUUGUAAUUUAUUACUUGUAAAACCUGAAAAUUUACAGCAAGUUUGUAACGGAGAACAACUUAAAGGACUCGAGAGAUCAAUUCUACAUAAUUUUAUACAAUUAAGAAGUGAUUACAAAACUCAAAAAUUGGCAAAUUCUCUUCGUGGAUUGACAUCGUAAUUGUAAUUUCUGUGAUGUAAUAUAUAAUUAAAAAAAUGUAAUAAAAUGCAGUCUAAUUUAAA